CCCUCCUUUCUGCCCUGUGAACUCAUCUGGCUGUUCCAUUCAGUUUCUCUCUCACUCUUUCACUCACUCGCUUCAGCCACCAUGAGCUUCAGACAUGCAUAUUCCGUGCGUUCGUCCACAUCCCAGGUGCCCCUGGCCCAGGUGUCCAUCCAGCGCACCUCUGUGGCACCUUCUUACCGGGCAGCCAGCAUACACGGUGGAGCCGGAGGAUCAGGGGCCCGCAUCUCCUCAGCCUCCUACUCGGGCCUCCGCAGCUCUGUGGGAGUGCCGGCCUCUUCUGUGUCCAGCUCCUUCCAGGUGACCACCACCGGGGCCACCGGAGAGAUCAUGGGCAACGAGAAAGUGGCCAUGCAGAACCUGAACGACCGUCUGGCCUCCUACUUGGACAAGGUCAGGUCUCUGGAGAAGGCCAACAGCAAGCUGGAGCUGCAGAUCCGUGACGCCCUGGAGAAGAGAGGCCCUGACGUCCACGACUACAGCCGCUACCAGACCAUCCUUGACGACCUGCGUAAGAAGGUCUUUGACGCCACGGUGGAUAAUGCCCGCCUUGUGCUCCAGAUCGACAACGCUCGCCUGGCAGCCGAUGACUUCAGGGUGAAGUACGAGUCUGAGCUGUCCAUCCGCCAGUCAGUGGAGGCUGACAUUGCCGGCCUGAGGAAGGUCAUCGAUGACACCAACAUUGGCCGCAUGAACCUGGAGAGUGAGAUUGAGGCCCUGAAGGAGGAACUCAUCUUCCUCAAGAAGAACCAUGACAAUGAGGUAAAUGACUUGCGUAACCAGAUCGCCCAGUCAGGAGUGCAGGUGGACGUCGAUGCUCCUAAAGGACAGGACCUGUCUCAGAUCAUGGAGGAGAUAAGAGCCAAGUAUGAGAAGAUGGCCCUGAAGAACCAGGAGGAGCUGAAAGCCUGGCACGAGUCACAGAUCCAAGAAGUCCAGGUACAAGUCACACAAAACACAGAAGCCCUCCAGGGUGCACGAACAGAAGUCAACGACCUCCGCAGACAGCUUCAGACACUGGAGAUUGAGCUGGAAUCACAGAAGAGCCUGAAAGCAUCCCUGGAAGGCACAUUGCGGGACACGGAAUUGCGCUACAACGGUGAAAUCGAGAAUCUGAACAGCAUCAUCCUGCAGUUAGAGGCUGAGCUGAUGCAGCUUCGCAACAACAUCAAGCAGCAGACACAGGAGUACGAAGUUCUGCUCAACAUGAAGAUGAAGCUAGAGGCUGAGAUCGCCACCUACAGAAGGCUUCUGGACGGCGGAGAUUUCAAGCUCGAGGACGCCGUCGACGAGCAGAAGAGGGUAAAAGUAAUGACCGUCACACAGACCUUGGUGGAUGGGAAGGUGGUGUCCUCCAGCACAGAGACCAAGGAGAGGAACCUGUAAUCAGUUACCAGCCCCCCCCAACAACACAACACUAACACCUCACAGGCCAAUACUGACAACCAUCCACAGAGUGGCUGGUGCAGCAAAUAAAACAAUAUUUAUUGCAUCCAAAGUGUGUCAGAGCUAAUAGAAACUUCAUCGUACAUUUCAGAACUAAUUGAUGAUGGUCAGCAGUACUAAACCAAAGACAGCAGAAGCUAAGACAAAGUUAAGACCACAGAAUCCAUGUUGUACCAUUACUCUGAAGUCAAGCUGAUUGGAACAGUUUGCCUGUUGUGUUGUAUCCAUUCUGGUCACUUUCAAUAAACCUCAACAAUGUCAACAAUA